AUGCCUCCUGCCCCAGCUGGUGGAACUGUUGGCAUGGGCCCCGAUGAGGCUUGGGGCGCAGGCGGUGGCCGCAACUACGGUCCUCCUAAUGGUUAUUCCGGCUACGACCGCAGNAGCUCCCCCUCGCGACCAAAGGGUCCCUCCUCCUCCUCCGCCGAGAGCNNCUACGACUCGCGCCCUCCUUCACACGACACCCCUCCACUAGCGAGGNNGAGACCAGCAUGGCAAAAUGGUUCCGACUCGCGCAGACCCCCAUUGCCACCACCGCAUACGAACGGAUCCUCGCAUCUACCACCUCCUCCUCCAGACAACCGUCUUCCUCCUCGACCCCCGCUUCCGCCACCAGAUGGUAGCCGUCUCCCACCCCGUCCUCCACCCGCGAAUGCCAGAAGCGGUCCGAACAUUGAUACAUACAUUCCAAGCUAUUCUGCCGCGCGCCGUGACGACACUGCACCACCCAACGUCAGGCGAAACUCCCGUGAUCAUGGUUACUCUCGAGACCGCCCUCCGCCGAAUGGAAGAGAUAGAGAUCGCAGGACUCGUAGCAGGAGUCCGGACCGUGAGCGUCGCGAGAGGUUGCAAGAUAGGGAACGCGAGUUAUACAACCGCCGUUGA